AUGAAAUCACGUGGUGCUGGUCUAGACAUGGACAAGUUGGUAGAGGAAUCCCGAAAGCCGGUCGAUCUUGCUGGUCUUUUCGACGAUGACUCGGAAACAGAUGACGCUCGCCCGUCGGCGGGAGCCAGCCAUGCCUCACUUGGUGCUCGCGCCGGUCGCCAGCCGAUGCGCAUGCCUGUUGGUCAAACCGCUGGCGAGUCGGAGAGCCGAAAGGCCCUCGACCGCGCACACACCCCACCCACCGAGCAAGCGACCCCAUCGCGCCCUCAGUCCUUUUUGGACAUUUCGCUCGCUGGACAGUCUCAAUCACUGCAGUCCCGGGAAUCGGACAGCCUGGAUCAUCAAAACCUCAGCCCUCACGCCAUCGAAUCCAACCAAGCUCCCAGCUUGGUCAGUGAUGAUGAAGAUGACUACGAGGCAGCCUCUGACUCCGACAGCCCCCCACCAUCCGAAGCAGAUGAGCAGGAGCAGGAGUUCCGCCACAUUCAGGUUGAGGACGACGAGCGCGCCACUGCCCCGUCAGCUGCCGCCGAAGCCAAGCCGGGACCUUCCCUCGCAAGUCCUGCGCCGCAAUCCGGCCCACCUCUGUCUCAGCCUUUGAUGCGCGGUCGCUCCAACAAGUUAUCGUCCAUAGUCCCGUUCAGUGACAAUGGCGAUCAGCACGUCGGCUAUCUCCAUUCUACUUCCGCGGAAAAUGCCGCGAAGGCCAAGCGUGCUGCCGAGCGCAAACCCAAUCCCUCUAAGAGGUGA